ACAACACAGAACAGAAGACGACGAAGAAGAAGAAGAAAAAGCGGAAGUUGACGGAAGUGUCGGUAAAUUCCACCAGUAUCAAGUUCUCAGACUAAACUCGUCAGUGGAAAACAUCAGGCGUAAAGUUUUAAUUUGGUCGCCCCGCUUCUAUGGAGGACCUCCGGGAGAACAGCGACCCACGGGCGGACCCACGUAACGGGACUGACGGCUCCGGGCCGAUGUCUCUGACAGACGAUGUCCCGCGGGGGCUGCCGCUCGUGAAUCCGCCUCGGGGGCGAAAGCUGGUGCUUCACGUCGACCUGAACAGCACCAUCCUGGUGUCGGACGCUGUGACGGCCCAGGGGACGGUCGCUGCACUGGACUACUUCUUGACCACCGUCACCUGGGGGAAGAUGAACAAAGGAAAGUGGGAGUGGCUCAGUGACGCCCCCUCCCUGCUGCCGCCCUGCAGCGACGCUGUGAGCUACUACAGCCAGUUUGGACGGACGCUGAGCUUCACCUCUGCAGCUGGGAAACGCUUCAGGGGGGUGUUGGACGAACAUCUGCAGAUGCUCCGCUGGCCUGAAGGCGUGAAGGAGGACAAAGAGUUGUCGAUUCGAGGAGAAGACGGCCAUCUCUACCACUGGAUCCUGCCGUCCUUCUUCCAGCUGCUCAGAGAUCUGACGCAGGAAGGCCAGGAGUUCGCCGUCGUCUUCCGCACGUUUGGAAGCGACCUCCCGCGCGUCCUGAGAGCCAUGAACCGUGUGCUAACGGAGGGGUGUCACCCGCUCUUCCCCGACCUGCCGGAGCUGAAGCUGAACGUCGACAUGAAUCCAGGAAAGAUCCGCUGCAACAAGAAAGGGGUCGUCCUGACCCGUGCCGACCAGAACUGGUCCACUCGUGACGGAGAGAGGAGCCUGUACCAGUACCUGAGCUCCCUGGAGGGCCUGGGGGGGUUUCGGGACGACUAUGAUUGGUGGGUGGCAAACACCUACUCCAGCCUGGGGGGGAAACCGCUGUGGAUCGACCCAUUUGACCAGCAGGUUCAGCACAUCUUCAUCGAUGAUAACAUCCGGCAGAACGAUGAAGAUUCAGUGGUGAACUCAAAGGUCUUCUUGGACCCCAGCGGUUCUGAAACCCGCACAGCCUUCACCUCUGAGCUGUACGACAUCACGCUGGUCCAGAACGACCUCCUCCGGGCCAUUUCUGACCACGGCUACUUCACUCAGCGCGUCCACAUCUGCAUGGAAAACUACGCCCAGAACCUUCAGCAGGGGGCGAGCUAGGACCGCAGGGUGGAGCUGCUGUCCAGAUUACAGCAACAAAACCACUGAAUGUAGAGAAGGGAAGAAUUGUACAGGUCAAGCCAAACUUUUGCACAUUUCCACUGACUGAGCCGUGGGGCGGCGAGGUUCCGUACUGUUUUAAAGGAUUUGCACAAACCUGGUUUGCAUAGCAGAAACCACUUCCUAGUUUUUUUGGUUUUCAGUUAUGUGCUUUAAAAGCCAAAAAAAAGCUUGAAUAAUUCCUGCAGUGGAGUGAGACUUUGUGUCAGGAAUGCUGAGCUCUAAAAGUAAAAAAACAAAACCUAUUUGAUGCAAAACGCGUCAGAUUCUGCUGUCAGGGGGUUUUAUGAUUAGCUUUAGUUUUUCAAAUCUAUUUUUCUGAAAGCACUUUGUUUGAGAUACUGAAAAGUUUGAAUUUGUGUGAACAUUUUUUAAGCUUUUUAUUUAUUUUUAGGCUUUAAGAAAAAUGCAUUUACAUUGACAAUAUAAAAAAAUAAGGAUGAAUUAUUUAAAAAAGUAAAGCUAAAAAGUGUUUUACUGUAGAUGAAAAUUUUAUGUAAAAGUGAAUGUAAUUUACUGUCUGAUUCCAUUGAAAGUUUUGUCGACCUUUCUUGCACUGCUUUGCUUUUUUAAGCAACAUAUAAAGAAAAACUAAAAGAGAACCAGAAAAUAAUAUUGCCAUAAACCUAAACUUUGAAAUGUGCUUUGUUUCUGAAACAGGUUUAAAAUCUGUCUAAAAUGCUAAAAUACAUCAAACCACUUUGGCUCUGAAUUCACCUUCAUUUAGCAUUUGCAUGAAAGCAAAAACAUCAGGGAACCUUUCUUAUAACAGCUGGAAAUGAAUUCAAUGGGUUCAUAGUUUUAGUGUAAAUCAAAGUUUUGGGGUUGAAAUGCUGCAGGAAGAUGCAGUUGAUGUUGCUGAAUGUGCAUUUAAGGGUGAAGCUUGUAAAUGAAGGAAUCUUGUUUUUUUCCUGAUGUUACUGAUGUACAAAUACAACAAUUCUGUGCUUUUUUUGGUUUUUCUGAAGAUCAGAAAAUGUCAAUAAAAAGUCAAAAGUUGAAGGAA